AAUAUAGCAACUUUCAUCCUUUAAAUUCCCCAGAAAAAAAAAAAAAAAAACAAAAAACACAACGAGCAUACAAUCAUGUUGAAUCCUUGGUUUUUCCCUGUCCUCAUCUUCUUCACAAUCUUCCUCCUCAAACGCUUUUUUUCAAACCCAUCAAAACCCCACAAAAACUUGCCUCCUUCACCACCAACCUUUCCAAUCCUCGGAAACCUCCACCAAUUGGGCCUCCACCCUCACCGCUCCCUCCGGCGGCUGGCCCAACGCCACGGCCCCCUCAUGCUCCUCCACUUCGGCAGCCGUCCGGUGGUCAUCGCCUCUUCACCGGACGCUGCCCGCGACAUAAUGAAAACCCACGACAUAGUCUUCUCCAGCAGACCUAAAACCAAUUCAGCCCAAAAACUUCUCUACAAACAAAGGGACAUCUCCACAGCUCCUUAUGGAGAAUUUUGGAGACAAAUAAGAAGCAUUUGUGUUCUUCAGCUUCUCAGCGCCAAAAGGGUCCAAUCCUUCCGAUCUGUACGAGAAGAAGAAACGGCCUUAUUGGCGGACAACAUAAGAGCGUUCUCUUCGAUGUCGUUGCCGGUGAACCUGACCGAAAUGUUCUCGUCGCUGACAAACGACAUCAUUUGCAGGGUCUCUUUUGGGAAGAAAUACGACGAGAGUGACAUAAAGAAGCAGUUUAGGGAGUUGCUUGGGGAGUUGAUGAGGUUGCUUUCAAGUUUCAACGUUGGCGACUAUAUUCCCCGGCUUUCUUGGGUCAACAAAAUCAACGGUCUUGAUGCUCAAGUUGAGAGGGUUGCUAAGGCGUUUGAUGAGUUUCUUGAUCGAGUGGUUGAUGAGCAUAUGGAAGGAUCAAAUUGUAAGAUUACUAAAGGAGAGGACAAUAAGGACGUUGUGGAUGUCCUGCUUGAGAUUCAACAGGAUUCCGAAAGGGAUGGUUUUUCCAUUGAUAGAGAUUGCAUCAAAGCUAUUAUCCUGGACAUGUUUGCUGGUGGAAGUGACACGACCUAUGCAGCCUUAGAAUGGGCAAUGACAGAACUCUUAAGACAUCCAAAAAUCCUCAAGAAAUUGCAAGAGGAGGUGACUGGCAUGGCCAAAGGAAAAUCAUACAUAUCCGAGAGUGAUCUCGACAAAACACCUUACUUAAAAGCCGUAAUCAAAGAGACUCUUCGGUUGCAUCCCCCAAUUGCAUUGAUAGUUCCUCGAGAAUCACGGCAAGACACCAAAAUAAUGGGCUAUGACAUAGCGGCAAGGACCAUGGUCAUAACCAAUGUCUGGGCAAUUGGAAGAGAUCCCGCCUUGUGGGACGAACCGGAGGAGUUCAAGCCGGAGAGGUUCUUGAACUCGGCCAUAGAUUUCAAGAUUGGGAACGAGUAUUUCUUGUUGAUUCCUUUUGGAGCUGGAAGGAGAGGUUGCCCUGGACUGUUGUUCGCCAUGACUAUUAUUGAGCUCGUGCUAGCAAAUAUCGUGCACAAGUUUCAUUGGGCAUUGCCGGAUGGAAAUAGAAAAGAGGAUUUGGACAUGACGGAAUCUGCUGGUUUCAUUACUCACAGAAAAGUUCCUCUUCUUGCCAUUGCAACUCAAAGAUUUUGAUUAGCUAGCUAUAUCUCUAGUCUCUCAUAUUCUCUCUCCGCCCUAAAAUGUCCUAUAAUUAAGGUCUUAUAUAGUACUUGCGAUUGACAAAUAUCAGCACGAACUUGCUCUUUAUCAUGUAUGAUAGUACUCUUAAUAUAAUAAAUUAGUACUGCUUAAAGUUGUUA